GAAAAAACCGACUUCUACUGUGCGCCUACUAAAAUAAUUCAAGAUGGCGUCAAAAAAGAAAAAAAUUGUGACUAAAGACGAUUUAAGACGUCUAAUGAAAGAGAAGCAGUCUGUUUCAAAAUCAAACACAAAGAAAAUAGACCAUCCACUUGCAAAAUAUAACAGCUUGGACCAGCUUGUAUGUGUGGUGUGUAAUACUGUGGUGAAAUCAGACCUACUAUGGCCAGCACAUCUACAGAGCAAGCCACAUAAAGAGAAACUUGAGGACCUAAAGAGCAGAGAAACCGCUGGUGUAAAGAGAAAAGCUUCCAAUGUCCAGGACACAAGUGAAAACAAGAAAUUGAAAGGGAGUUCAAAUGGGAACAUCACAGGAAAAGGAGGGUUACCUCCUGACUUCUUUGAUAAUAAUAAAUCUACAGCACUGGCCAAACAACCAAAGUCCAUACUGACCAACUCCACAAAACCUCUACUCAGUCAGUAUGGAUCCUCGGACUCGGAGGAAGAGGAAGAUGUCAAGAAACCAGCCAAUAUCUCUACACAACCAACAAAACUUUCAAGUUCUGCAUUACCAGCAGAUUUCUUUGAUGCUGGUGUAAUGCCGAGUGCUUCCACAUCAAAAGACGUGGAGGAAGAACCAAGGCCUGCUACCAUGGCAGAUGUUCUACCCGAGGGCUUCUUUGAUGACCCAAAGAUGGAUGCCAAGGUUCGUAAAGUGGAGUAUGUGGACAAAAUGGAGGAAGAAUGGGAGUUGUUCCAGAAAACAAUGAAAGAAGAAACUCAUGUUUCUGAAGCGAUAGUGGAAGAGGAAGAUGAGCAAGUGAAUGUAGACAGAAACAUUGAUGAAAUUGAUGAGCAGAUUCAAUGUUGGAAAGAAGUGAAUGACUUAGAGACAAAGAAAGAAGAAAUAAUGAAGAAAGCACCAGUGGAUAGUAAGAAAGACAAUGAUAGUGAUGAGGACUUAAAUGAAGAAAUGCUCGACGAAUUUCUGGAUUGGCGAUCAAAAAAAUCUUGGAGAUAGUGAUAUAUAGUGUUCCAGUAACAGUACUUUACACAACUAUGUGAUAUUUGAUGCAACUUCAGUGCAAAAUGUAUCUAAUUGUUACAAAACACCAACACCAGUGUUACCAAGAUCAUAAAAAUCUUAGAUAUAGUGCUAUAUUUGUGAUAUUUUGAUUAUCUGUUAGGGUGGUGAUAUAUCUGUAUCACAGCAGCUGUGCUAUACUGCUGUCUAAUGACGAUUGUGGUUUAGGGAGAAUAAUCAGCAGUUUUCUGGAUUCAUUUUUCAGAUGUUACAAUGCAAUCAACUGUUGUAUAACUAUAUAAUUCAACAUAUUAUUAAGACCUCGGCCAAGUUCGAUAACUAGCCAAAUCCGCCCAGGCACUUUUGAUUUAUGGCCCUUGAAUUACUGAUUGGAUCCACUCAUCCAGACCAUCUAAUUGGAUCCACUCGUCUAAAACAUCUAGAGAAACUAACAUUUUUCAUAGGGGCAGUUGUGGGAGACAUGCACUUUUCUCAAAAGCAUCUCUAGUUUAAAUACUGAAAUGAUUUGAUGAAAUUUCAUUAUGAAAAUCUCUGUGGUUUGAGACCUCAGCCUACCGAGUUUAAGCUGAGAUCAGAUGGUAAUAAAUGUUUAACUUUACUGAACAGCGAUUGGGACUACAAAAUUGUUGGUCUACACAAGGCUAUGUUAGAAUAUAAUAUUAACAGAGAUGUUAAGAAAACUGUAAAAAAUUGUGAGAAGUGGGAAUUAGUGUAAAAGAGUUGAACACUACCUUAAACAUAUGUGUACUAUAAGUAUUACAUGACCUUGACAUACAUAUAAUUUUGUAAAAAAUAUUGUCUCUAUGAGCAUAUUUUAUUUUUGUUAAUGGUAUGAGGAAUGUUUCACAAAAAUAUAUGUAUUAUGAUAAUACAAUAAAAAUAUGAAAUGUA